GAACAUGGCGGCGCUGGUAGGAGGUCGCUGGAUUAUCCGCAAAAACAGAGGGCAAAUCAUUUAUAAAUUAAUUUCUGCAAGAGCAGCCUCUGGUGUCCCACAGGAUGUGCUCCCCGGACCGUAUCCUCGCACUGCAGAAGAACGAGCCGCUGCAGCAAAGAAAUAUAACUUGAGACUGGAGGACUACCAACCUCACCCUGAUGAUGGACAUGGCUAUGGCGAUUACCCAGUUCUGCCGGACCGCUCCCAGCAUGAGCGAGACCCCUGGUACCAGUGGGACCAUCCAGACCUGCGGAGGAACUGGGGAGAGCCGAUCCACUAUGACUUUGACAUGUACAUCAGGAACAGAGUGGACACGUCCCCCAGCCCCGUUGACUGGUCCACCAUGUGCAAGCGCUUCUUCGGCUUCUUCACUUUCAUGAUGGUGAUGUUUGGCCUGGGGGAGAUGUUCCCUGCCUACCAGCCUGUCGCCCCAAAGCAGUAUCCCUACAACAACCUGUAUCUGGAACAUGGUGGAGAUCCAGAGAAGCAGUCAGAACCUAUUAAACAUUAUGAGAUUUAAGACAUUAUCCUCUGUGUGUUACUUCCGUGUGUGUGUGUAAUAAAGUUAAAG